AAUUGGAUGGCACAAUACUUGCUGACGUGACGCCCGCAAACCCCUCUAAUUUGCCAAUCCAACCCGGAGCGCGCGUCCCCCCCUCCCCUCCUUCUUCUCAGUUUGUGCACCAGCACUCUCCGGUCCACAUCCACCGGGUGCAGAGCGGCAACAGCUCCAAGAUCCACUCCACCAAACACCACAACCAUCGCCAGCACCAGCACCGCCGCACACCGAUCUGCGCACUGUGCGUCUUCAUCGCGUGGAAAGUUGGAGGACUAUUUUUCCCCCCCCCCGCACACACAAACACACACAUCGCAUUCAGGCUACUUCCGUGUCACUCACCACGUCCAGGUGAUUUUGGAGCGCAGCACUCUAUGAAAAAGAAGAAGAAGAAGAUAAAAUAGCUGCCGUGUGUCAUGAGAUCUCUUUGGAAAACGGACACUGUUGAGGACUUUUUGCGCACUUGUCUUUGGUGAGAAUAUUGGAGGCUGCAUUUUAAUGUCACAUGUCAGUAUUGGGAUUGGAGUCCGCGGCGUCCUAUCCUGUGCAAUAAGAGAAAUGGUGGUGAUGUCGCACGGAAUACAACUGUUUUGCUUUAAAUGGAGAACUGCCCAGAGAGGAUAAAUUGCGUGCAAAGUUGUGCGGCUUUCUGCUGAGGGAGUUUUUUUUUUUUUUUUUUUUUUAAUCGAGCUGCUCCCCACUGAAUAAACAUGAGUCCACGGCGAGCCAUGGGGCCGCUCCGCUGCGUGGGACUCACCACGCUUCUCCUGUGUGCAGUGGUGGACAGCAAGGUGAUCCUAGAGGGUCUGCAGAGGUACGGCCCCACUCCAAUCUAUCUGCCUGUCAGCUACCGGAUCCUCAACGCUGAGUCUGCGUUCUUCCUCCAGGAGGCAAAUCAGGACCUGAUGAGGAACUCAAGCCUGCAGGCUCGCACUGAGUCCUUCUUCGUCCACCAGGCCCGGCAGAUGCCCUUUGUCAAUGCAACCUAUGGACCACUGUCUGUCCAGCAGCCUGUCCCUCUGGAGCUGCUGCAGACCCUGCCAGGGCCAUUCAACGCGCCCUCCUUUACUUCAUCAUCAACGCCACCAUCGGCGUCGACAUCGCCUCUCUUUACAUUCAACUGGAAGGUCCACACCUAUAUUAUCAGUGAGAGGAUUCACCCCAGCUGGCCAAAGGUUCAAGUGUUGUUCUACAUUGCGGGGAGGGACUGGGAUGAUUACAGUACCAUCCAAAAGUUACCUUGCGUCAGGAUGUUCGCCUUCCAUGAGACUCAAGAGGUGCGUGGGACAUGCAGGUUAAAAGGUGAGCUGGGGAUAUGUGUUGCCGAGCUAGAGCCACUGGCAAGCUGGUUCAGCCCUCCCACUAUCAGGCCGGGUAGGCAGAGGAUCUCUGAACAGGCCCAAGGCACUCCUGUGGAGCUCUACUACAUGGUUCAAACUACAGACACUGGAGACUGCAGCUCAGAGGAUUCAAGAAAGGGCAGCUCCGUUCGCACAGAUCAGCAGAGACCGAUGGGCUAUUUUGCAGGGCAUACACCUAUGCAGCGCAUUGGGAGUGUCAGGCUGUUUCAGCCACUGUCAGAGCUGAAGCUGGACAAUAACUUUGUGGUGAUGACUCCCUCCAAACCCAUCCGGCAGAGAGAAACAGUCUCUACUUUUCUGGCUCUUUCAAUGCUUUCUUCAGUGCAAAUUUUCACCCUCAGGGUCAAGCUGAAGGAUGGCGUAGCGUUCCUAGGAGCCAGAGCCAGUAACCCUGUUGUGUGGACGGUGAGUCAGGAUCUCAGAAGUGAAGGUCACGGGGUUGUCACCCUUCACUGUCGGAGAAAGGAGAACAGUUUUAGUCAAAGAGUGGAGGCAGCGGCUUACCAGCGAGUGCUGCAGGUGGACCUGGAGGUGAAUGGGCUGAUGGCGAUUCAGGGGGGAAGGGAGGUCACGUGGCAGGUGGAGUAUCCGCUCACCCGCACCCUGACCAGUGAGGUGCCAACCCUCAUCCGCCUAGCGCCGCAGGACCUGGGUGGCAUCGUGCCACUAGCCAUGGACACUGAGAUCCUCAACACGGCAGUCCUCACUGGGCGAACAGUCGCCGUACCAGUCAAGGUAGUCACCAUAGGGACAGACGGAGCGGUUUCUGACGUAACAGAGUCGGUGGAGUGCAAAUCAACAGAUGAGCAGGUUAUCAAGGUGUCAGAGCGAUGUGACUAUGUGUAUGUUAAUGGGAAGGAGACAAGAGGAAAGAGCAGGGUGAUGCUCAACUUCACCUACAGUUUUCUGAGUGCUCAGCUCGAGAUGAGUGUAUGGAUGCCACGCCUGCCCUUGCUCAUUGAUGUGGCCGACCCUGAGCUCAGCCAGAUAAAGGGCUGGAGAGUUCCUGUUAGUAUGGGCAACAGAAGGUAUGAGAGGGUCACCGAUGACAAGAAUGAAGAUGAUGCGGCUGACGAGAGGACGGAGAAUAGCUGUGCGGCCCAGUAUCAGAGCACCACCCUGCGUGUCCUCACACACUUUGUGGCAGACACCGGAGAAGUCGGAGGAGCGUCAGAGGAGGACGGGAUGGGCCAGCAGAACUUUUUGCUGGGUAGUGACUGGCAGGUGGAGGUGACACAACUGGUCAAGGACUAUCUGAGAGUGGCUGACCCGAAGGUUGCACAACUGAUGGAGGGCCAAGUCGUAAUGGGACUGAGCGCUGGAACCACCAAACUACAGGUGCUGUCCCCUCUGACAUCAUCGGUCCUGGCUGAGAGGAGCAUCAGGGUACUGGAUGAUAGAGUAAGUGUGACAGAGCUGGGGGUGCAGUUGGUAUCUGGACUCUCUCUGUCUCUGCAGCUCAGCCCAGGGAGCAACAGGGCCAUCGUCGCCACUGCAACCACACAGGAAGUCAUUGAAUCACUCAAACAGGAGUCUCUCAUCAGUGCUUGGCUCCAGUUCAGCGAUGGAUCCAUGACUCCUCUAGACAACUACAACCCUGCCCAUUUUACCUUGGCAGCCAACUCUUUGGAUGAACAGGUGGUAGUGGUACAGCGCACUGCGGCAUGGAAGUGGCCCAUUAUUGUUGCCAAGGGCGAAGGUCAGGGUUUGCUUGUACGUGUUGAAAUGAGCCCUUCAGAGGUGUGUCAGAAGGGAAAACGACGUACUGUCUUAGCCACUGGAAUGGCAAACAUACAGGUAAGGCUUGGGUUGCCAGGGGAGCAAUACAGGCAACCAGGAGACCGGCGAACACGUCCUGAUCCUCCACAUUAUGGCGGAUCUAUCUCUGACAUGGAAACUGGGUUAAUCAACCGUGGAGCCACUACCAUCAGGGGCAAUGUCCCAGUGAGACCUAAUGGGGGCCGUCUAUCAGCGGACAGCGGGGUGAGGGUCCCAAGCGACUUCUCUGAAUAUCCAGACAAGGCAGAGCUGCCUCGUAGCCGCAGCACUGAUGAGGACUUGUUAACAUCCCGACGUGGUCUGACAGACCUGGAGAUUGGUAUGUAUGCCCUGCUCGGAGUCUUCUGCCUGGCCAUCCUGGUUUUUCUCAUUAAUUGCAUCUCUUAUGCAUAUAAGUACCGUAACAAGCAGCUGUCCCUGGAGGCUCCGGAAACAAUGCCCCAUGCCCAUGACUGGGUUUGGCUGGGCCAAGAGGAGGGGCUAUGUUUGCAACAACAGCAGCAGGACGAGCUGGGCGGCACCCUAGAGGAAGGUAGUCAGCUAUUAAAUGGAGGCGUCCAGCGUGGUAAUAAUGGUGUGGGUGGCUGUAGUUCCAGUGGGAGAGAUCACAGGAAUGAGUCGCUUAACUCACCCACCACUAAGAGAAAGAGGGUGAAGUUCACCACCUUUUCCAAUGUCAAGUCCAGUAAUGGAUGUCCUGUGCUCAGCCCAUUAGCACUAGUGCAGACCAGUGAGAUAAAAUGGGUAUGUCCGGACAUCGAGCUUGGGGACUCAAAGGAUCUUAGGAACUACAUGGAAAAGCUUAAUGAGAAUGCAAUUAAGAACAUUGCAUAGGGGGUACUGGGUGUUUUCAAUGAACUAAAGAGAAACUCACCUGAAUGCCUUCAGAAUAAGGAGGGAAUGAGGGUUGGAGGGAGAAAAGGAAAGAGGAAAAGAACAAGGGGUGCAGAAAACCAGACUGGGGCUUCUGUUAAACUGUACCUCACCAUAACAAGAGGAUAAUGCAUUCAGCCUCUGUUGUUUCCAUGACAGUACUCAAAAAGGGUAAAGCAAUGGACUACAAAGAGACGCGAUCUGCCACGACAGCAUAGAUAUAAAGGGGAAAAUGUGAACUUGAUAUUGUUGCUUAACUUAAAUGUACGUUGUUUGUCUUUAAUUGAGGUUCAGUUUCCUUUUCAAUGCGCCAUGUACUUUGUUUUCUGUUUUCUUUUUUUAAAUCAUCACGUUUUAAUGUUGUAUUUGUUGUACUUUUUUGCGCUUUAUUGCUUUUUCUUAAGAGUUGCCGUAUGCUCUGUACCACAUGUCAGCAAUUAUAGAUUCUAGGAGAGGAGAGUUAAAAGCAAUUUUGUAUUGUAUAUAAAUGCAGAGUUUGAUUUGAAGGUAUUAUAUGUACAGUAACAUUUUGUAAAGUGAUGUUUGGUUUUGUUUUGUUUUAGUUUGUAGUUUAGUUUUUGUUUCGUCUCGUCUCCAGAAAUCGGAUCCAUGCAUGAUGUUAUUAAAGAGGAGGCAUGUGUGUCUGAUCUGGUACCUGAAAUGAAAGUGUGUAGAUAACCAAUAAUACCACUGGAGACAUGUCAAUUUAAAUUCAUCAUGGAGCUGAGUUUUGGGUUGGUUUUAGUAUGUUGGUAUCGGUUUUGUUAGCCCGUGGAUUUUCCCUUCUUAUGUUAAUGUUUUUUUUAUUUAUGCCACCCCCACUUUCAUUCAGUUGCAUACUUCAGAUAAAGUAGACUUUUCACACUGCUUUAAAUCCUUAUACGGACAAAAAUUCUGAUUACUAAAAAGAAAUCAAUUGCAUUGAAUAGAAAAGCAUAAAUCACCAUCAAGAGAAUAAAUAGACAAUCACAUAAAUAAUGUAUUGAUCAAUCGAUCCCCUCAUUUAUAAUGUUCCAUAAAAAUCAGUCCAGUUUACAGUUUGUAUGGCCUAGAUUAGGUUAAGCUCCUGUAUAUGACAUUUGGGAUCCCAGAAAAAGAGUCAGGACAGUGAAUGAACAAAUGAUCAUAAACUGUGAAGUGAAAAGUCCAAGCUCUUCGUCCUUCUGGCAUAUGUCAUUAUUGGUUCAUCAUAUUCUAUCUUUGUUUUGAAAUUGGCUGCAGGACUAAUUAAAACUGAAGGUGGCUCUUCUCCAUUA